AUGGGUAUCAUUACCACUUCGGCCACGAAAGUCUUCCAGGGAGACGGUGAUUACCUUUGGAACCCGCUCGAUAUAGUCAGUCUUUGGUUGGCAAAUGGCCCAGGAGGACGCUGUGCUGCCUUCUUUGGGGCGCUGGCGUGGCUUAUUGCAACGAUCGGCACCAAUGUUACGGCGAACAGCAUCAGCGCAGCCAACGACCUGACUGUCAUGUUCCCGCGCUACAUCAACAUUAGAAGAGGAAGUAUAGUCGCUGCUGUGAUAGGUGCCUGGGUCAUUGUACCGUGGAAGAUUCUUGCCAGCGCCGCUACGUUCUUGAACUUCAUGGGGGCAUACGCUGUCUUCCUCGCUCCUCUAAGUGGCAUCAUGGCUGCUGACUUCUGGCUCGUCAAGAAACAACGAUACGAUCUUCCCGGCUGUAACUGGAGGGCAUUUAUUGCUUUCAUCGUGCCGGUUGCCCCCAACUUGCCUGGGAUGGCCUUGGCGAUCAGUGGCUACCCUGCCGUCCAGAUCUCCGAGGGUGCUCAGAAUCUCUACAGCUUUGAUUGGCUUUUUGGGUUCGUCGUCUCAAUAUUUUUGUAUACCACGCUGAGCUGGGUUGUUCCUGCAAAGGAGACCUUGAUUGAGCAAACAAUCUUGGACAGGGAGGACAGAAUGGAGAUCGAAGGAACGCGAGACGGUAGUGACAUUGAGAACCCAAAGGUGCCGGAGAAGGUGUUGACCACAGCGGGAGAUGGUCGUCACGAUCCUGACUUGAGAGGUCUUUAA